AUGCUUUACGAUCGAGCCAUUCACAAAAAUAUUUAUUCGUUAUCAUGCCUCGAAACAUGUCUUUUGGGACGGUUUGAAGCACAACAAAAAUAUUCAUUUCUAGCAGCACCCGAAGAACCGCAACACGUUUUCGUUGUACAACAUAGUAAAGUGGCAAUGACGUUCGUCUCAUUUCACUGGCCUCCUACUAAAACAUGUUUGUAUUGUAUAAUGUACGGCCGACUAAAUCUCACAUUAAAUCCCAUGAAAUUUUCAUGGUUGAAACUUACAUAUGUGCUGUUGAAAUAUGAAAAGGGAAUCAAAUAA